AUGCAGUGUCAUGGCGCGGAUGAAUGGGUCUCUUCAGGAAGGGCAAAUAUGGCGGAGCUUCGAGGGGAUAUUGAGACGUAUCGGCGUGCGCUGGGACUUGUCCUUGAUGUUGUGAAUUACCAUCAUUCACCAUUCAAUUCCGACACCAGCAACUUAGACACCUCCAAAUCCCAAAUAACGACCGAAGUAGACCGGUUGCGCAGUCAUACUGCGUUGACAGGCCUCGACAAUAGGAACACUUGGCUGGAACCAUACAUGAAUGCCGUGAUCAAUUGCUUGGAGAUCACUGGUGCCGAUUCCCCUGUGAUCAAAGGCGAUGGCCCUCCCAAAGACCUAUCUUUAAAUCUCGAGUCACAGCAACCGGCAACACCCCCUAGCGCCCCAACACAGCAAGAAUCAUCGCCAAAGUACGUCAUAAACAGCGUCUACGAAACAGCGGGGCCAUGGUACCCCCCAGCCGGAGCCAUAGCACUUCCCUUCUAUAACGGCGGAGAGAACCCUGCAUCAGUUGCUUCAAGUCCGAGGAGAGAACCCCAGCAAGUGUCCCCACGACUUCGGAAUUCGCCUCUGGAUCCCUCGAGACAUGCCCCAACACCGGAGUCUCCUACAUCCAUACAAUUCUCACAAAGGGCACAGUCACCCCCUUCUAGCCAACAAAGCUGGGACCGAGGUUCUCCAUCCGCGAGAUCCGAACCUUUCGAAGCAAGUUAUGUACCACACCAGGACCUACGAGCUGACCGAUGGUCCGAACCUCAGCCAAUUCAGAAUCCCGAACACUACAAUCACAUUGUCAGCAAGUACCUUAUCCCCGGCUACUAUACACGAUUCUCGCUGGUCACCACCGUCCCAGUCCCAAAGCCAACAAUGGCCAGCAAACACCACUCCUCUCAGUCCUACCCCUCAAUGGUCUCACAUCAAGUCAGCGGGUCACGAAUCACUACGCAUUUCGGGUUGGAUCUCGAGAUCUACAACUUCACCAAGGGAGGAUCCGGAAAGAAGGUCCAGGUUAUUGACGAAGCGCACCGUUGGGCCGCCAGCCACAAACUCGACAACAGUUACGCCCCCCUUGUGAUAUACCGGCCCGGGGCUGACCGGAUCGAUCGGUACUUCCUAUCACGCAACCCGGGUGCUAAGAAGCCCUUCUGGGAAGACGCAAGCAGCUGCAUUGAUCUGACAAAGGCCGAUCUUCCCUUCCUUCCCAAGUGGCCGGAGCUAGCCUUCUCCAACGACUCACCCUUCCUAAUAGCUGCCGCAGGCCCCAGACCUGGCGAUCCGCCCAGAGAUAUCAACUCAAACAUCCUCCUCGUGGCCUGGCAUCUUACUCCAGUCCAAGAAGCCAAACUCCAAGCGCGAAGUCCCGUUAACAGCGUCCAUUCACACAUCCAAGAGUCCGGCGAUCCAAAACGACACAAACCCUACCGUUUCUGCGCGCCCGCUUACACGCAACUACAGACCGCCCUGCCCUCCGUCCUCGUCUCCCACGGCAGCGUGACCGUCUCCAUCUGGAUUCCCGCCAGCCACGUCAACAUCCCGCUCCCCGGCGGCAAGUUCAGACAAACACGAGUCCCAACGCCCGAGCGCUUCGUCCUGGUGUGGGACAUGCCCACCAACACGACCAGACUGAUCCCCAUCCCCAACGUGCAGGCGUGCGUGUCGCCAGACUGUCGGCUCGUGGCGUACUGCGAUCCCGAGAUACAGAAGUUUGUCAUCCUCGAUGUGACGACGGCGGAGAUGGUGUGGAAGUGGCCGGAUGCGGCGGCGGUGAGCGGGUUUGCGAGCUUUGGACAGUUUGAGGCGAUCAAGAAAAUCACGGUGUUUGAGUUUAGUCCGGAUGGAAAGUGGUUGAUCGUGGGCGAUGCGAGUGGUGCGUUGGGCGUGUAUGAGGUGAGGGAGGCGGGGACGAGGUUUGAGUUGUUGGAUCAGAGCUCGUUAAAGGGAGUUUCGGAGCUUGGAGGAGGGAAUAGUCUUCCAAGGGGAAAUGUUGCGGAGCUGAUGUAG